CAGCUUGACCCUCCGUCUCGGUGAGGAGCAGAAUCACGUCUGCGGGACUUUUGUGUCUCAGCUGGACGCGACGGAACCGUCAGCACCGCCCCGAGUCUGGCAUCCAGGAAAUGCACUCGGCUGCUGGAAGUGCGAGCCCCUUGUCACUUCCUGCUCGGAGCUGGUGAUUGUGGACGGAACAUCGUCGCUUCCGACCCAACUCAAGCGCCUGUGGACCCCGUGACUCGUGCCCGCGAAGAUGACUCAGAUCGACAAGGAAGCCUGCAGAGACGCCUACAACCAGGUCCGCGACGACAACACGGACACCACCUGGGCCGUGUUCAAGUACGAGGGCUCCACCAUCGUGGCGGCCGGACAGGGCACCGACUACCAGGACUUCAAGAAGCUGUGCACAGACGACGCGCGGCUCUUCGGCUUCGUGCGCAUCACCACGGGCGACGCCAUGAGCAAGCGGGCCAAGUUCACCCUCAUCACCUGGAUUGGCGACAAGAUCAGCGGCCUGCAGCGAGCCAAGAUCAGCACCGACAAGGCUCUGGUCAAGGAGAUCGUGCAGAACUUUGCUAAGGAGUUCAUGGUCAGUGACCCGCGGGAGGUGGACGAGGACUACAUCCGCACGGAGCUGAAGAAGGCGGGAGGAGCCAACUACGACGCUCAGGCCGAGUAGACAAGUGCCACUGUGGGAGGGGGGGUGGGGGGAACAGCUGAAUGUGAAACUAAACCCUGACGACUCGAGUGAGUCGCUGACCUGAAAACAAUCGACUGCACAAAGAAGCACGAACGAGAGGCGGCCGAGAGGAAGAAGCUGCUCUCCUGCCCUCUUCUUCCUCUCGGCAGGAAGCCAGCGAGUCCAGCCGCGCCAGGCUCCUCCUCCUCACCUGCCCUGCGCUGACCCCACAAAACCAUCUGCGACCUGGAUCCGGUUCCCUCGCCGCCAGGUGUCUCCCGCUGGCCCGGUCGUCCAGCAGAGGCUCAGAGUAGAUCCGCGGUGGGGACUCUGGACCUCUUUGAUCCAGCUGCUGCCACCGGGACCCCACCUCGGUGGAAGAUGGCUUCAAUAGAUGCGUAGGCGUUGCCCAAGGGUCUCUCUGUGGUUUCAAAAUGGAGGGCCUGUCUUCUGUAACUCAAAGGUCGGACCCUGGGGGUGUGGGGGCAUCACUGUGAUUGGCUGCGGUGUCGGGGAGCGGGGCUAAGCAGCUGGCGGCUCUCGCUCAUAGCAUCUUUGUUUCCUGUUUACGUCUGAAAAAGUAGAUGAAACGUGUUUGUCUUCAAGUGAAUUUUAUUUCUCUGGAAAGUUGUUUUGAUCGCUCUGGAAAGUUUUAAUAAAAUGAUCCAACAUUUGAAAUAAAACGGACUCGUUUUCCAAA